AGCAAUUCAACCAUUAAUUUUGACAGCCUUUAUUCCCUGAUUAGACAUAUUUCACUGAAGUAAGUUUAAUACAGUCAAAACUAUUAGGGUAACAGUCAUCACAAUUGAUAAAUUAGAUCAAAAUACACUGCCCAGCCCAAAGUAAAAAAAAAAGUCUAUUAUUUCCAUUAAGAGGUGCUUAAAUUUUUGGUCAAGAUCUUGUAUUGACAAUGCAAGAGGUGAGCACUCUGUAAAGUCUCCUCCAGCACAUCCCAAAGACUUUCAAUUAAUUUAAUGUCUGGACUCAAAGGUGCCAAUUCAUGUGUGAAAAUGAUUCUUUAUGCUUCUUCCCAACCAUUAUUUCACAAUUUGAGCCUGAUGAAUCUUGACAUUGUCAUCCUGGAAUAUGGCCAUGAUGUGUCUUCCUACAUGGUUGUUUAAGAAAUGAAAAGCUACACACUCCAUGAACUGUUACCAAACAUAACAUGCUAGAAACAUAAUAAUCACUGCAAUAAUGAUCCAGUCAUAGACUCCUAAGCAUUUGCCUUUUUAAAUCCAAACAGCGACUUUUUUUUUUUUUUUUUUUGCCAGGCAGUCUAGAUAAAUAUUUACAACAGAAAAUACAUUUUUCGAGUCUCUCUAUAUAUUAUAGUUGGCGUUUUGAACAGUAAAUUCUAUGUGUAUAUAUAUAUAUAUAUAUAUAUAUAUAUAUAAUAUAUAAUACAUACAUACAUACAUACAUACACAUACAUACAUGUAUUCAUAUGCAAUACACUUUUUUCAGUAUGGCACACUAGGUCACGACUAUUUCAUGUACACUAUUAGAUUACAGACUGAUAUGUUUGUCACCCCAUUAUGCCAUGUUUCACCUGUACAAUUCAUGCCAUUUCAUGGUUUUCUUUGUGUCGUGACUGAAGUCUGCUUUCCUAAUUCCAUUUACCUGUCUGGAGAUGCUGAAGGAGCUGUGUGAGAGUCUUAUGCUGUCUAGCUCCCCCCCACUGUCCUUUACUUUAAGCAGAAAUGAUUGAGUGCACUGCUUGACGAGAGCUAAAUGAAUGAAGACGUGCCCUUUGCUUCCAGAAACUUUCCUAAUUAACUUUGGCACUGAUGUCUGUUUAGUAAAAUACAAUAAAACAGGGCUGGAUCUGUGUGUGCCUCGCUUUUGAAAAACUCUGGGAUUGGUUUGAAAUCAAUUUAUGUCAUAUGAAGGUCAAGCCUAGAGAAUUACUAGAAUCUGUUAUGUGAGUCCAAAUGCUUUUCUGAUUUAUUGACGGAACUACAGAAUAUAUUUUUAUAAUGUGGAAGAGGCUAUAUAAUGAUAUAAGAGCACAAGAGCAUAAAUGCAUGUAAAAUCUGUUGCAAUUGUGUGACCAUUUAUCUUACUAGGAAAUGACAUCACGUGUUGAGUGCAUGGUGUCCUCAUCAUCCCUCCAUAUUAAACGGCAAAGACAACACAGGACAAAAAACAGUGGAGUCCAUGAGCCAGCAUGCUGAUAGACUUCCCCCGUUCCCCACGCCAGUCUCUAAUCUGCAUGCAGACAACUUCUUUGUGGAUAUUUGGAUUUCCUCACCAUAGCAACAGAGCUGCAAAACCGUGCUGUACAACCUCUCAUCAGACAUAGUCGUGCCUAGGCAUUGCACGGCACGCGGGAGCCAGACGAAAGGGAGAUAAGAAGAGGAAAGAGAAGGGAAGAGGACACCGCUGCCCUGCACCUAAUUCUCUGUGGGAAUUCUCCUCAUUAGGACCAUGACAGCUCAGUUACGACGGCUCCAAAGUGCCAAGGGUCAUGUUAACAGCCGGCGGUCGAGCAUUCAUUCCUGCGCUCAGCUGAGAGACAAAUGGAGGGAUGCAAAAAUGUCACUCUUUGCUCACCAUGACAGAGCCUCUCUAUGCUGAAUCCUUUUGUGUCAGAGAUCCAAGCUUCGAUCAAGCGCGGGUUAAUUGCGAGAGAGCGGCUGGAAGAUCCCCCCCUCCUCUUCCACGCUGCCAAUCUGUCCGUGCCUCUGAUUUUCCACUCAUUCUGCCUCUCCGGUCUCUGUUUACCUCUGUCUGCUGAUUUCUCCACCCCUUUCUCUCAGUCUCUCGUGCUUUCGUGCUCCCUCCCACAGCUCGCUAUCUCUCCUCCCCUCGUGCCUUCAAAGCCAGCAGUCUGCUCAUCACUACAGAGCUGCUUGCUACAUGAUCUCUUGGAAAACAGCGUCCGUGUCUUGCUCGAGCUGCUCCAUGUGCAAGCCUUAAGAUUUCUUGCCCAGGACAGCAGGAUGCUCCUGCGCUGGCACUGAUUCCUCUAUUUCUCUUCUCGAUUUUCCCCUUCCCCUCCCCUUUCCUAAUCUCCUGCCCUCUAGCCCUGAUCCCUUUCACCCCAGAACCCUAUUCCCUCUCUUUUCCCCUUCUUUCUUGACCAUGUUGCCAUGUGUCUACCGGCUCCAGCCUGUCCUUGCCUUGCUCUCCUUCACUUUGUUGACUCAAGGGGAAAAUUGUCCAGCCACCUGCCUUUGCCCAGACCCUCACACUGUGGACUGUAGCGGCCGCGGACUUACCCGUCUUCCAGACGAGAUCCCCUUGGAUGUGCGGAGGCUGCUGUUGGCGGACAACUGGAUCCCACGGAUUCCUUCGGACUUCUUCGUGCUCUACAGCGACCUGGUCUACCUGGACCUCCGCAACAACUCGCUCUCACACAUUGAGCCGGGUACCCUUAGCACUUCCUCCAGGCUGGUUUUCCUGGACCUCGGCUGCAACAACCUGACUGAGAUCCCCAAAGGGACUUUUGGAGAGUCGAGGAGCCUAAUUAAGUUGCGCUUGGGCAACAACCCAUACCUGAGCAUGGUCAAUGAAGAUGCUUUCAUGGGUCUUACCUCCUUGCGUGAACUAGAACUAGAACGCAAUGCACUGUCCGGUCUACAGGUGAGUGCCCUGAGCCAGCUGCCCUCCCUCCGGGUAGUUAGGUUAGAGGGCAACCCUUGGGUGUGCAACUGCAACUUUGCCAACCUAUUUACCUGGCUGGUGGAAAACAGUCACAAGCUUCCCAAUGGUAUAGAAGGUAUGGAGUGCUCUUUGCCCACCGAUGGACGCCGUGUGCCUCUUAGCCAGCUCUCCCAGGACAGUUUUCGGGAGUGCCAGAUCACCCUCACCCUCACCGAUUUCCUCAUUAUCAUCUUCUCGGGCAUCUCCGUCUCUGUGGCCGCCAUUAUGGCCAGCUUCUUCCUGGCAUCCACCGUCCACUGUUUUCAGCGCUGGAGCAAGGGCACUAAAGGAGACGAGGAGGAGAGUGAAGAAUGAGGAGGGAAGUUGGAGCUGAAUAUGAACUUCAGUAUGAUUCAGAGCUGCCAGUUCUUGACAGAGUUCAAACAGCAUGACUGGACAGACACCAGGUAGAACUUAGCCUGAUUGAUAGUGGCAGCGCUAAUAAAGUAACUAGCAUGGAUGCAGUACCCUCAGAAUCAAAGGAUAUUUGGUAUGAAAGUAAGCCUUAGUAUGCAAACUUCCAGGGAUUUAUUUGUUGAAGGAAAUUCUUUAAGAUCCUGUCCCGCAGUAGAGUUCUCAGUGUUGUUGAAUACUGUUGUUCGUAGAGUUUCCCUUCAUGUAGUCAAUAUAAAGUUAGCAAAAUACAACUGUGCUACUUGUUGAUUGUGCCAAAUUAGCACUGGUAGGCAGCAAUGGUUCAGACAAGCACUGAUGAUUGAUGAUAAAGAAUAAUAGCUAUACAAAGUCAUGCAAGGUGAGUCAGAAGUCAAACGGUCCAGAUUUAUACAGCCAAGUAUAUGUGAUGGAAGCCAUUUUCCUUCAAUUUUAAAAAUGAUGGGGGAAAAUAACAUGAGCUUAGAGAGAUUCUAGAAAGCAUUACCUGAAAUUGAAAGUUUAGAAUAGAGCUUAAUAUGAAUAGAUGUGUCAAAUGCCGCACUUUAAAAUGGUUCUGCCUAAGUUACACUUGCCCUCAAACCACCAGGUUUACUGGUUUCGCCCAGAUCUGCCAAAGAACGCUUUGACUGAGGGACUGAGGUUAAUGUGUUUUGAAAUAUAGAUUUAUUUUUCUUUAAAGAAAGUCUGUGAUCUUAGCAAGAUUACAUUUAUUUAGCGUAAUUAUGGUACUACUCACAUAUUUACCCUUAAUGUGACUAAAGACAAUAUCUAUGGGAUAGAGAUAAGUACAUACUACAAAUGUCAUUGUAUUAUUCAUGUCUUAAAGGUAUAAUUGAAACAGGCAAACAGUAUUUGGACAUUUAAGUCAAACUUGUAUAUUGUCAUUGCAGCACAUAACAAAAGAUUAAACCAAGCAAAGUUUUAAAUAAAAAAAACAAUGAUUAAUUUAAAAAAUGCCUUAUGUGACGUGCUUGUAUAUUAAUGAAGGAUUAAACAAAAUUUAUACAGAAUAAAAAACUGCUUUGAGAGUGUUUUGUAAAAAGCAAUUGCAAAAAAUUUUAUUUGUAAGUGUGACUUAAGUGUCCAAAUAUGUUUCGAGGCCACUGUACAUUCAUGUGUCUUCAGAUUGCUGUCUAGUGUCGACUAAUAAUAAUAAUACAGUGUAUAACUAAAUGGCAUACAUUUCUGUUCAUGAUGUCAAUUCCAUCAAUACCGUCUAUUCCAAGAAAAUUAUUUUGUCAGUAGAUCAUGUGGGGAAACGAUUUUCGAAUGUCAGAAAAAGACAUUUGAUUGUUUUUGUUUUCCUUUAUUAAUACUUCUACAUCUCGCUUCUUUCAUAUCCUUAUUUGAAAGGGCUUCAUGUGUCUUAAAAUGUGUUUAUUAAUGUCUUUUGCACAAUUAAUCACAUUCAUUAAUAUCCUAAUAUCUUUUACCAUCCUCUGUUCACUUUUUCUGUCCAUUAACAGAUGUUCUGGAUGUGCUAUUUUGAGAGUAUAUAGCAGGUAUCACAACUUCAUUUUUGCAAUGCAUGAAUAAUUAAUUGGAUAUGUGAAAUGAGGCAGACAGUGUGCUAGUCUUCAAAAAAGUUGGGGAUGGAAAAAGAAAUCAUUGCGAUUCAAUAACCGUCUUAUUUUAAAUUAAUUCUAUUCCAGUCACACAACCUCAGCCAUCAUAUUGUGUUGGAUGUAAGAAGCACGAAUGCAUAUUAAUGUAUUGUAAAUGUUCCAGUGUCAGGACACGGUUGACCAUAUGCACAAUCUUUCAAAGCUAGACUGUAGCAUGGUAUCAUCAGCAGAAAUCAAUCCUGCAGCUAUAAUAUUUGUCAUAUUAAAUUAUUUUUUCCCACAUGUAUACCCAAAUAUUUAUAGCUGUAUGUAUUUGCAAGUGAAAUGAGGUAUUAUCAUUAAAAAUUCAGUUUAUAAACGAAUGUUAUAGACACUUCAUAUGCUAUGACAAUGGAGCUGUAAGUUUGUAGGCCGACCUCAGCAUGGUUUCCCAUUGGAAUUUCGAAUGAAUUUCAAAUAAAAUCAGAAAUAAAAAACAAUAAGAGUAAAACAAAAUAUGAAUAUACAUUCAUGUUUUGUUCUGCAACAUAAAUUAUACACAGUCAAACCUGAAAUAUGAAAUUUGAAAAAGAAAAUGUUUUAAAAGCAUAAGUUGCUAUAUAAAGACAAUCAGUUGUUAGGUUAAGCAUCUUAUUUUAAAUCGUUAAAGAAGACAUAUGCCAUUUUAUGAAGUCUUGAAUUUUGGGGUCUACUAGAAAAGGUUGUAUUCAUGCUUGAAUGUCCAAAAAACACCUUGUUUUUCACAUAUUUUACAUUUUUGCAGCACCUCUCUUCCCAGUUGGUCAGUUGUGAUUGGUCAACCAUUUCAAGCGUGUUUUGGAAAUGUGAUGCCAACCAUGACCAUGAGUUUCAACAAAGUCCCUUUAAGACAAGUCACUUCACUCGGCGGCCAUCUUUGAAGCGCCUCUCGGGCAUGCAAGUGCAGCUUCUAUCUCUAUGAAUGGGGAAACAUCCAAUUCUCCAAAGUUGUUCACCAAGCUUUCGAUUAAAUUUCAUAUUUGAAAUCACCAAUGAAAUCUGACAACAGCUGUCUCAGAAAUUUUGUUUCUAAACGCUCAAAUCAUGACAAAAAACUGCAUUUUUUUAGGCUGGAUCAAGCUAAUGCGCGUGCGCAAAUCCUAAGUGCUCGUCUCUAUAGGAAGAGCGCGUCUGCCCUAGCUUCUAACGGCUGCUGCACUGACGUGAAGACUUGAGCAGUCGGCGAUUGGCUCUUAUUUAGAAGGCGGGACUUAUUCUGCCAUAUUGCGUGUUGCAGUUUCUCCCAUUCAUAAUGAUACGAGUGCACCGUCUUUUAACGCUAACGUUUAAUGCUAACUAACUACUCAACCAGGACUCACCCACCCCCCCGAACCCCACCCUUUUUUGCAUAUACCUUGGGCGGAAAUUAUUUAAAUAAGGAAUAUUGUGACAUGUACUUUCUCAGAAAAAAACUCAAGACUAGGAAAGUGUUUCAGGGAGUUCAGAAACAGUGCUGACUGAUACAGAGAAUAUCUCCCUUUGGAGUGAACUUUGUGCUUUGUAACUUUGCAGACCUUUUUCAUGCUCAAACAGCAACAUUAAAUGUUGAAAAUGUAAAGAAGCAUAAUAGGUCUUCUUUAAAAUCAUAAAUUGACAACUGCUAAUUCAUUUGAAAUUCCUGAGGGAGCCCAUGACUGGUUUUUAGGUCUACAAACAGAACAGCAGCUGAUUUUACAUGGAUCAUUUCAUAUAUGCAAUGACAAAAUGCAUCAUAUUUACAUAAUCAAUACUUUGCUUCAUUGUCUACAAUAGCAAGUAAAAUAUAGCGUGUUCAUUGCUGUACCAUCUGUCUCUGAAUUCAGUAUGUGUGUCGUUUGAAAAGAGCCCAGAGCUCCCAGUAUCAGUCAUAUCCUGUGUCACAACUGUCACACUGAGAGAUGUAGUAAAGAUGUGUGUUGCAUCAUAAUGUGGAGUAUAUUUGUUCUCAACUGAACACCACAUAUACCUAGAAAACCAACUACUAUGUAGUUACAGUAUAAGAAAGAGGGAAGAAAUGAAAUGAGGGGUUUUCCUGCAUGACCCAGCGGUGACAUCAUCCAGUACUUUGUUUUUUACUCCAUAUGGCAGUGCACUGUUGAUGAAAUACAAUAUCAUAUUAAACAGUAAACUAUU